CUGAGCUUCAAUUAGUGAGCCAAGACGAUGAUAUUAAAUUCAAUAAUUUAGAUUGUCCAAGGGAGUGAGCUUGGAAUUACUCCAUGAAAUUACUCAAGUUCUUUUUGGUCAUUCCUUCUAAUAGUUGUUACAUUAGACAUGUUUUGAAUUAUCAAACGCUAUGCCCAUAGACCUAUCCAGCCAAUGGAUCUUUUGUGGAACCAAGAUUCGAACAUGAUUUCUACUCAUUCUUCGAGAACACAUUUGCAAUUACAACUCCUGCCUACCUCCACCUAAUCACACUAUUCAACAUCACCUGGCCUUUUGUCACCGAAACUCAGUGACCACCAGGUCAAAUCUCAUUAAAAAUGGCACCGAAUAAGAGAGGGGGAAAACAGAAAUCGACCCAGUUCGUCGACAAAAAGAAUGAGGCUCCCCCUUCACCUUUCAAGCGGCCCCCUGAGGUCCUUGAGCCGUUCAUCAACUCUCUGGACAAGAAGCACGUCUAUGUCACACACAUUGAUAAUAAGCCUGCCGAAUUCAAACGAAAGAUCUUCCUCGUGCCUGUUGGCAUGAACCUUGUCGUUGUACUUCUCUUUGUUCUUCGCAUGUGGUGGAUUCUCCCCUGGUAUUGGUCGCUCAUCAUGACUGGCUUGGGCCACGACAACGAAACCACAUGGAACACUGCAGACUCAACAUGGUCUGAGAUUGCCUGGGAGAUCGGAAAGCGCUCUGGAACAAUGAUGAUUGAUUUCAUCCUUUUCAUCUUUGUCUGGCCCUGGCCUGUGGAAUUCGUCGCUGGACAAGCCCGUGGUAAUCCCUGUCAAUGGCGAUGGCAAGUUGGCUUCCGUGAGCAGGAGGUCUAUGUUCGUCGAAGCCGAGAAUGGGAUCAAGCUCUUACAGACAUUUUUACGGACGAAGGCUCCAAGAAGAUUCUGCUCACAUACAUCAAUCAUGCGACGUCUCCUAUUCUUCAGGAACAAAAGACUGGAUAUCUCCUAAUGAACGGCCACUGGGAUUUGGAUUGGGCACGUAUGGUACUCGCACAUCGCCUGGUAGACAAGAAGGAGAUUGCACUUGAGGCCUUUAAGAGCGUGGUUCUUGUUCACCACGCUAACUACGGUUGGAUAUCUUACGAUGUGCGCGGUAGUGGUGCGUCAAGUGAGGAUGAGCGACGGCGACAAGUCUUUGCAUUCCGAGAUGCGCUUAUUGCGCUUGGAAAGGAAGACUUGUUCUAUCGCUGGGUUGAGAUUGUUCAAUUCGAAGCGACACAGCCUGGCGGAUUCGGUCCUAAGGAACAAGAGGCAGCGGCCAAGAGAAUCAGGGAGUUGUUUGAGAAUGAGAACAUCAACUUUGAUGAACUUUGGAAGAAGAGUGUUGGGACAUAGUCUUUUCAGGAGAUCUUGUUAUUUAUAAUACUUCACUGCAUUAUUUAUAUAUAUAACUACUCACUUAAUCUUACUCCUCAAUAAACA